AUUUCCUUCUCCUCCUAACUCAUAACAACCUAAAACCACGCAGAGAAGCGUGAUCUCGCGUUGCCCGCCGACGGCUCGUCUGACAGUUGGGACUAGUCUCAUCACAACAUCAUCAGGGCGUUACAGACAACGCUCCGGCGAACAGUAGGCUGCCCCCCCUUAUCUCGGUCUUGGUCCACCCUGUAUGGAACAGCAAUUCAAUUCAAGAUAGAUGACGUGAAAUGUUGAAGUGGUAAAAAUGAACAAACCCAAAAUGGCCACAGAGAAGGGCGUUCCCAGUAACUCCAAAGUUCUGAUGCUCCUGGGCCAACUAGAGAGGAUGAAUGGAGAAGCCAUGAUGAGGGAUGUCGAAACAGCGAGACAGGUCACUGCAAAGAUAUUUCAUCUCAUACAGACACAGGAGAAGAGCGGAAAAGAAGUGAUGUCCAAAGGCUCCAGUGGCAUGGAGGUCAUUCUGGCCUCACUGGAGAACACCAGGGAUGUUCAGACCACUCUGAAUAUUUUGUACAUUCUCAGUGAGCUGCUGACUGUGGGCAGAGGUCGCAGGGUCAGCGUAUUUGUGUCUAAAGGAGGAACAGGAAUAUUAUUCCAGAUUCUGAUAAGUGCAAGUAAAGAGUUGCCUCCAAGUGAAGAACUCAUGCUGCAGCUUCACUCACUGCUUGCAAAGGUUGGUCCAAAAGACAGAAAGUUCGGAGUGAAGGCGCGUUUGAGCGGAGCGCUGAAUGCCACGGUCAACGUAACCAAACAGAACCUACAGAAUACCAAGCUGCUUCUCCCCUGCCUGCAGGUUCUCAGGGUUUACUCCACCAACUCGGUGAAUGCUAUUUCUCUGGGCAAGAACGGAGUGGUUGAGCUCAUGUUCAAGAUUGUGGCGCCGUACAGCAAGAAGAACACCACGCUGCUGAAGGUAGCUCUGGACGCCCUGGGAGCGCUCCUCAAAUCCAAGACGAAUGCUCGCCGUGCAGUGGAUGGUGGACAUGUGCAUGUCUUGCUGGCUCUGUACCAGGACUGGCAUCACAAUGACGCUCGGCAUCGCCACAUGCUGAUACGCAAAGGGCUGCUUGUCUGCCUCAGGAACAUCACCAACAUCAAGCUCGGCAGGAAAGCGUUCAUAGACACCGACGGCAUGAGGAUCCUCUACAACUCAUCCACCGAGUGUCUCCCGGUGCGGACUCUGGAUCCACUUGUCAACACUUCGAGUCUCAUCAUGAGGAAGUGUUUUCCUAAGAACCGUCUGCCUCUGCCCACCAUCAAAUCAGCCUUCCAUUACCAGCUGCCACACGUACCUGCUGCAGGGCCUGUGGCGCAGCUGUACAGCCAGCCACCUGGGGGAAGAAAAAAUCGUCAGCUCUGCAACAGGCCCUUAAAGAAGGUGGACGAUGUGGUGGAUGAAAGUGACGAUAACGAGGAGACGGACGCAGACACAGAGAACGAUACUGAGAAUGAAGAGGACGACAAGGAUCAAGGCGCCGCGAAUGAUGACAUAGAGACGGACCUAAACAAGCUGCAUCCCAAAAACAACCCCGGACGUCCUUUCGAGGAGUUGAGGGUCUACGAGAGGUUCUUCUUGGAGCUUUCUGAAGACUUCCAGGGUUAUAACUUUGAGCCGUCAAAGAGUUCCUCGACCACGUCGUCGUCUUUCUCCUCAACUCGAUCCACUCGGCCCAUCAUAGUGCCAACAGCACAAGCCCUUUCCCCGAAGCACGUCCCCAUAAUGAGCUGUCAGGAGGACUGCAGCCUCACUAAAGGAGAACACACCGUGCACUCUCCCUCUGUGCCCACUACUGCUCCACUAACGCCUCUAGAACUGGACACCAUCCUCCUCACCAAGGACCGAGACAGAAAAGGGGAGGCGCACGCAGCACUGUCCUCCCUCACCAGGCCUCCGGCUCAACCCCAGAUGAUAGAGCAGGAGCUCGCCCACCUGUUGGAGUGUGUCUCUCUAGAGGCGGAGGAUACUCCAAACAAAGGGGAGGAAGUAGGACGGGGAGGCAAACAAGAAGGAUCCCCUGUCAAUGCCACGAGGCACAUACAGUCUCCACUGCUCCUGGGGGGCAUAGCUACCCGUCGUGUGGGGGGAGGAGGAGGAGGAGGCGGCAGUAACUGGGGUUCGGACUGUGGCUCAGAGGGAGCCGAGGACGAGGCAGGGGAAGGAGCAGUUUUGGAGGUUCCAGACACGGCGCUGCUCCUCCCGCUUCAUGACCCCGACCUCUAUGUGGAGAUGGUGAAGGGAACGCGCUCCGUCCCGCAGUACGCUGAAGUAGCUUACCCCGACUACUUUGGCCACAUAGCCCCAACAUUCAAGGAACCCCUUCAGGAGAGAGUGUAUGGAGUACAGAGGUCCAAAAUAUUCCAGGACAUUGAGAGGUUAAUUCAUCCCAAUGAUAUCGUGGAUAAAGUAGUCUACGACUUGGACAUUCCCAGUUGUCCUGUGAUCGAAGACAAUGGCGAGUCACUGAAGUUCAACUCUCAGUUUGAGUCUGGCAACUUGAGGAAGGCAGUUCAAAUUAGGAAAUAUGAGUAUGACCUUGUGCUGAAUUCAGACAUCAACAGUAAUCACUAUCACCAGUGGUUCUACUUUGAGGUCAGCGGCAUGCGUGUUGGAACCAACUACCGCUUCAACAUCAUCAACUCUGAGAAGUCCAACAGCCAGUUCAACUACGGCAUGCAGGUCCUAAUGUACUCUGUGCAGGACGCGAUCAGUGGCAGGCCUCGCUGGGUCAGAACAGGAACAGACAUCUGUUAUUACAAGAAUCACUUUGCGAGGAGCUCCAUUGCAGCGGGGGGUCAGAAAGGAAAGUCCUAUUAUACAAUGACCUUCAGCACAAGCUUCAGCCAUAAGGAUGAUGUCUGCUACUUUGCCUAUCAUUACCCAUAUACUUACUCCACUCUUAAGAUGCACCUGUCCAAACUUGAGGCUUUGAGGACCCCCCAGAUCUACCUGAGACAGGAUGUCCUCUGUCAAACUUUGGGGGGAAACAGCUGCCCCCUUCUCACUAUCACUGCCAUGCCGGAAUCCAAUUCUAAUGAUUACAUCUGUCAGUUCAGGAAUCGUCCAUUGAUCUUCCUGUCGGCCAGAGUGCACCCUGGAGAGACCAACGCUAGCUGGGUAAUGAAGGGUACGCUGGAGUUCCUGAUGGGCACCAGCCCACUGGCUGCCAGCCUGAGAGAGGCAUACAUCUUCAAAAUAGUCCCCAUGCUCAACCCGGAUGGAGUUGUAAAUGGAAAUCAUCGUUGCUCUCUGAGUGGAGAGGAUUUGAAUCGCCAGUGGCAGAACCCCAAUCCUGAGCUCCACCCCACCAUCUACCACACUAAGAGCCUGCUGCAGUACCUUGCACACAUACAAAGGGCGCCGCUGGUAUUCUGCGACUACCACGGUCAUUCCAGGAAGAAGAAUGUGUUCAUGUACGGCUGCAGCGUGAAGGAGACGGUCUGGCAAUCCAAUAUCAGCGCUACGUCCAGUGACUUACAGGAGGACCUUGGAUACAGAGCGCUUCCUAAGAUCCUGUCCCAGAUCGCCCCGGCCUUCAGCAUGGCCAGCUGCAGUUUUGUUGUGGAGCGCUCCAAAGAGUCAACAGCUCGUGUUGUUGUAUGGAGAGAGAUCGGAGUGCAGCGCAGCUACACCAUGGAGAGCACGCUGUGCGGUUGCGACCAGGGAAAGUAUAAGGGUCUUCAGAUUGGCACCAGAGAGCUGGAGGAGAUGGGAGCUCAGUUCUGUGUGGCCCUGCUGAGGCUGAAAAGGCUGACGGGGAUGCGCAAUCACCAACACCUGCUGGACUUGGAGAGCGAUAUCAUUGGGACGCAGUCUAAAGUGGUCAGCAGCAGCCCCACCACCUACGUGAUGGAGGAGGAUGAGCCGUCCUUUCUGGAGGCGAUAGACUACAGCGCAGAGAGCAAUGAUGAGGACGCCGAGCCUGAAAACGAGCACGGCGGCGGAGUCCAGGAGAAUCCCAAUCACCUCGAUCAACUGUCGGACGGCGAGACAAAUCACCGGGACUAGCGCUGCGGGGUCAAUGUCCUCCAUACCCGCCACUUGGGCUCCUUACCCGGGCCAGUGCUGGGAAGGUCCGCCGAUUCACUUUGUGAAUAAAAAGCUUAGAUUUACACCUGUAGACACUUUCCGGCUACAUCGAGGUGCUCCUUUCCCGGGUUCCACCCGAGCCAACUGUGUUGCUCAAUGAAUGUUCUCACCUUUCACCGUCAUGCUAUAACCUUCACGGACCGUGACCCCCUGACCUCAGACACCAUAUAGCCUCUGAGAUUCACUUCUUGCUAGCCAGAGCUGCAGACAGCAGUCACCGCCGAUCCUUAACUGGAACCCUAGUCCACUUGCUUCUCACAGCCAGUCUCACACACUGAGGCCACCCGACCAGAAGAAACGAUGGCUUCUUCUCUCACACAUCACUCUUGUGUUUGGUGAAAAACUCCCUCCCACUACUUAUUUUCCUUCCUUUCUUUAGUCUCAUCCGUGACAUCCUUGCUCUCCUCCUUCCUUCCAGUUUUCUGACAAAGUGUCUAAACGGGAUGAUUAUAGCUGCAGAUCAAAAGAGGGUCUGGUGAAGAAAAACCUUCUCCGACGCGGCGACACGUGAGCUGUGACCUCACUUCCUCCAUUGACCCCUCCCUCUUCAGCCGCGGUGCUAGCGGUCAGAAUAUCUAUGUGCAGUUUGCCUUGCUUUUAUCCAGAACUGAAACUAUUUAUAUUACUCAAAUGUAGAAUGUUCACGUCUUUAUCAAGGAAAACCCUGUAGUGUAAAAGAAGUGCAGAUAUAAACACAGACUAACUCGUCAGAGCCUGGAGUGAGAUAUUCAACAGUAUUAAACUGAGAAAAAGCAGUACCGAACAAUCCGCAUGAGCUUCAGAGAGCAGAAAACCCUCUUUGCACUUUGGAUAAACACGCAACAUAACGACAAACAAAUUGAAUCACUUUACAAUAUGUCACAGUUUGCAAACCGAGUCAAGUCCAAAGCUAGUGGUAGCGUUGCAGUGAUGUUUUUAAAGUUGUACUGGAAUUAAGUUCCCCUUUUAUCUGUCCCUGAGAUCUCUGUGUACAUUGUGUGGAUUUGCUGAGCAGAGACUGGUGCAUUAACACAGAUGGUGCUUUGUAUUGAGAGUGUAACGUAGUUUCUUUGAAUUAUUUCUUCAUUUGUUCAUGGAGAUGAGGUACUCUUUGUUACGUUUGUACAGACGGUGCAUGAUUGUUUUCUGUUUUUAUUCUGUAAUUUAUUCAGUAUUGUUUCCCGGGAUGCUAACCUGUAUGUAAAUGAGGCUUUUUAAGUGUGUACGCAGGAGUUCAAAUUAUUCCAUUAUUCAGCUCGGCCAUUGCUCUUACGGUGUGUUUCUUCCUUCAAUUUGAUUAUCGCCCCUCCUUCACUCCUCCCGAACAUAUUCUCCCUCCUUCCCUCUAAACCACUUCAUUCCCUUGUUUUAUGUCCUUCUCUUGGCUCUUUACUUACUUUUAGAUUUCACUCACAGCUCACACACCUGGGGAGGCAACUGAUCUUGACCCUCAAUGUGAUAGAAAUAAUGUGAUUAUAUGCUGUUAUAUUUAUGUUUGUCCUUGUCGGGCUUCUUUUGUUUUAUGUUUUGAGGAAAUUUAUUUUAAGUUGAUCGUAAUGAAGAAAAUGAAGAUAUGGGAAAUAAAAUGUGAAUGUCUCA